GUGAAACAAAUAAGUAAUAUGAGUGACGAAAUUUGUAUAAACAAACACAAAUCCAAAAAAAACUCAGAAGUGGAACUCAACUGAUGAUUCGCCUCCAUUAGUUGGGGCUUGGGCCAACUCGUCUAGAUAGUAAGCCCAGGUAGGUGACUUGCGUGACCCACAGUCACAGCCCAACCCACCAUCUUUAACUAACGUCACCUCAGGGGCCCGCCCUCCCCGACGAAGAAGGACCGUAGAAUUUUUACCAGCUUCCACGAUUUGUACGGUCAUCCCCACGCCCACAGUAAAUCUGCCUCGCCGAUGAUAACCCAACACCACACCCUACCGGUUCCCGCGAAAACCCGCCGCCGCUGCUGCUGCGGCGAUUAUACCUUAACUCUCUCUCUCUCUCUCUCUCUCUCUCUCUCUCGAAUCAAUCCUAAUCCAAUCGUAUUAUUAGUUUUCAAUUUUUCCAUUCCGUUUUAAUUAAUUAAUUAAUAAAUCACCCGCCCUUCCUCCCCCAGCCAAAUCCCCCUUUUCUUUGUCCUUUUCCUUUCCACCUCUGAUGGCGAGAUCCGGCGGCGGACGAUGAGCAGGGGCGGCGGAGGAGGAAUUCGGACGACGUCGUUCCACAGAAAAUCAUCAUCAGAAACAGCGUGCUUGGUGGUCGGCUGCGUCACGAUGAAAGGACUCUUCAAGCCCAGGAGCCGGACACCGGUCGAGCUCGUUCAGCACCUCCGUGAACUCAUCCUCUUCGCCCUCCGCAACCCCUCCGAUGUCCCCAAAAAGAAGCGCGAAGACAAGAUGGCAGAGCUAGGAAAAACUCUAGUGGAGAUAAGGACUAUCCUAUUUGGGGAAGGCCAAUCCGAGCCGAAUGCUGAGGCUUGCUCACAAUUGACCCAAGAGUUCUUUCGUGAGGACACAAUACGUAUCCUCAUCGUUUGCAUCCCAAAACUCGACCUCGGGUCUCGUCAGAUUGCGGCACGGGUAAUUACGAACUUGCAGAAGCAGAAGGUGCAAGGGAGGCUGGUGGCUCCGCAGUACAUGGAGAGCAAUUUGGAUCUUUUGGACAUUUUGCUACCUGGUUAUGCAGAUGACGAGAUAGCAUUACCAUAUGGAUUAAUUGCAAGGGAGCUAAUAUGCCAUCAGGUGGUGGCAAAGUAUGUCCUCGAAUCAGAGCACAUGCGCAAUUUCUUUGAAUACAUUCAGAUUGAGACAUUUGAAAUCUCAUCGGAUGCUCAAGCCACUUUCAAGGAACUUCUCACAAGACAUAAAUCAACCGUUGCUGAAUUUCUUACCAACAAUUUCGACUGGUUCUUUGUGGAAUACAAUUCAAAGUUGCUAGAAUCCAAGGAAUACAUAACCAGAAGGCAAGCUGUCAAGCUUCUGGGAGAUAUGCUGCUUGAUCGAUCGAAUUUGGUGGUGAUGGUUCGGUAUGUGAGCUCGUUGGAUAACAUGAGGAUAAUGAUGAACCUUUUCAGAGAAGAAAAGAAGUCGAUACAGAUGGAAGCUUUCCAUGUGUUCAAGCUGUUUGUGGCAAACCAAAGCAAGCCUCCUGAGAUCAUUGGUGUGCUGAUUCAGAACAAGAACAAGCUCCUCAGGUUCUUAGCUGGUUUAACAACUGAGAAAGAGGAUGAACAGUUUGAGGCAGACAAAUCUCAAGUGAUUAGGGAGAUUGCAACCUUAGACACCAGAGAACGUGCAAUCACUGAUUCAGAUAAUGAAGCUGAAUCCUAAUCUGAUAAGGAUUUUACUCUGAACACAUGAUAUGGAAACAGACUUACUAACAUCAAUCCUUCUUUCUUUCUAGGACUUGUCUGAAUUCUCUGUUUGUUUCUUCCUUUUUCCUUCUCCUCUAAUUGCCUUUUUGUUUUAAAAAACACGGUAAACAACAGAGUUCAUCACAGCAGAUAGUGCUUGUAUAAAGAAUCAAAGACUACAACUACGCAAGUAUUUCGUUUUAGUUUUCCCUUUUACCGGUCACAUGAAGCACCGUGUCUUAUAUUCUGCUUGUUUCAUGAUCCAAUUACUAUUUUCGUAUUAAAAUAGAAGAAAUAUGUGAAUUAAUGAUUUAUCUUCACAACCAAGGUUGUCAAACCGGUUUGUGCCAGUGUGCCGGUUUAGCAAGUGGAAUGGUUCGACCAGUGGCACAUACCGGUUUAUGCCGGUUCAUGCCGGUCAAUAUUACAAAUAAAAUUAUAAAUACUCAUUUUAAAC